GCAUGCCGCCAUGAGUCCAUGACAACCUCAUAACCUGAGCAACCGAAAGAGCUGAGUCCGCUGACAUCCAGUAUGGGAAAUUCAUCACGGCAGACGACGAUGACCCUGACGGCCUUGGCUCUUGGGCUAGCACUCCUCUGCGCCGCCGGCCCAUGCUUGGGGAGCGGCGUCGCGUCCGUGUCCAGCGUCGUCUCCGAGGCGUUCUUCAACGGCAUCAAGAACCAGGCCGGGAACGGGUGCGAGGGCAAGAACUUCUACACGCGGGGCGCGUUCCUGACCGCGGCGGACUCAUUCCCAGGCUUCGCGCACGGCGGAUCGGAGGCCGACGGCAAGCGCGAGGUCGCCGCCUUCUUCGCGCACGUCACGUUCGAGACCGGAUAUUUUUGCUACAUCAGCGAGAUCAACAGGGCGAACAGCUUCUGCGACUCCAACAACAAGCAGUGGCCGUGCGUCCCGGGGAAGAAUUACUACGGGCGCGGCCCGCUGCAGAUCUCGUGGAACUUCAACUACGGGCCGGCGGGUAAGAGCAUCGGCGUCGACUUGCUCGCGGACCCGGACAGGGUGGCGAAGGACCCCGUGAUCUCGUUCAAGACGGCGCUCUGGAUCUGGAUGAACAGCGUGCACCAGGCCAUGCCGAAGGGGUUCGGCGCCACCAUCAGGGCCAUAAACGGCAACCUCGUGUGCAACGGGAAAAACCCCGAUCAAAUGAAGAUGCUGGUGGUCUACUACAAGCAGUACUGCCAGCAGCUCGGCGUCGACCCGGGGAAGAACGUCACCUGCUAGACUUGUCGGGUAUGGGGUGAUGGGGAUGUGCUUGGCUCGUGAAGAAUAAACCCACGGAUCCACGAGUGCGUAUGGACGUAUAGUGGCAAUAAAAUUCUAGCGUGCAUUGCUGGUACUUGUAAGCGUCCACAUAACAAAGAAUAAGGUCCGAAUUUGUAUUUCUCAUUAAAGACCAAAAUG